AUGUCUCCAGAGAGAAAGAUCUACCUCGUAACCGGCUGUUCGGCCGGGCUGGGCUACUGUCUCUGCAAAGCAAUCCUGGCCGCCGGCCACGGACUCAUCGCCACGUCUCGGAGCCCCUCCAAAACUCCGGAGAAGGUGGCCGAGAUCGAGUCUCUGGGCGGCAAAUGGGCCCAGCUGGACGUCACCUCGCCUUCCGUGUCCCAGCAGUUCGCCGACGCAGUCAAGAUCUACGGCCGCGUCGACGUCCUCGUCAACAACGCCGGCAUCGCCAUGGCCGCGACCAUCGAGGACGCGGACCUGGACGGCGUGCGGCGCGUCUACGAGACCAACGUCUUCGGCCUCAUGCGCAUGUGCCAGCUCGCCGUGCCGCUGAUGCGCGCGCAGCUACCGAGUGGCGGCGGCGGCACCAUCGUCAACGUCUCCAGCGCGGGCGCCUUCUUCUGCGUGCCCAUGGUCUGGGCCUACCACUCGAGCAAGGCCGCCGUCGACGUCUUCACCGAGAGCUUGAGGAACGAGGUCGCGCCGUUCGGCAUCCGCGUGCUCAUGGCGCAGCCGGGCGGCAUCCGGACGGGGUUCGUGGGCAACAGCAGCAAGACGGAGAUGAGCGAGGCAUACAAGGGGACGCCGGCCGAGUACGUGCUCGACGCGCUCACCAAAGGUGCCGGUUCCGAGAGGAUCGACCCCGAGAAGUGCGCGCUUAGGAUCGUGGAGGCUGUGGAUGGAACCGGGAUGAUGGAGGGGGUUGAGGAGCUUGGGUUCAGGAUCCCGCUUGGCUCCGAGGCGGUUGCUUUGAUUCAGGGCAGGGUUGAGGAGCUUACAUCGACGUUGAAGAAACAUGAGAAGACAUCUCUUAGUGUUGACUAUGAAGAAUAA